AUGAACGAUUUAUUUGACAAAUUCAGAGAUGCAAUAAUAAAAGAGCAAGAAGAAGAUGUCGCUACAACAUCCUCUUAUAUCAAUGCCUACUCCCCUAAGAAAUUGGCACAACUUGGUCUCGCUAUUAUCAACUUGAAUAUAGUGAAUAUAAGAACAGGAAUCGGGGGUAAAACAAUAUUGGAAUUGCAACUUGACAAUGCAGUUUCUGAUGGAGAGUUGUCAACAAGUACGAUGAAAACCGGUGAUAUAGUUCGAAUAUCGAGAAUGGCCAAAUCGGAAAAAAGUAUCAAGAAAGGAGCGACAAGGUCAAAAGGAGACAAAUUCAAAAAAGGUGGUGAUGGCGGAGACAGCAAAAGCAAUAAUGAUAGUAAGAAGAGGAAGAGUAAUAAUGACUGCGUUAAUAAUGAAGAUAGUGAUGAUAGUAAUAAUGCCGGUGAGUCGCUUGAAGCUGUUGUUGCCAAGGUUUCUACCCUGACAAUCACUGUUUCCGUCGAUGAAUCCACUAGUGAUGAUAAAGUUCUCAAUUAUUACAAUAAUACCAAUGACCCGCUGGCGAGAUUGUGGAUUGUAAAGUUGGCAAAUUCUGUAACGUACAAGAGGAUGAUUUCUACAGUCAAUAAAGUUAAGGAGUUGAAAGAUAACGAGAAGAACGAUAUACAUAGACUACUUUUGGGUGAAACCAAAUAUAUCGCGAAAGAUAAUGGCACAUUAGGUGCCAAGAUGGAAUUUCAUAACCCAGGGUUGAACGAUUCCCAAAAACGAGCUAUUGAUUUUGCUAUAAACAAGUCCAACAUAUCCAUCAUUUUUGGACCUCCAGGUACGGGAAAGACAAUGACGAUAAUUGAGCUCAUCAGGCAAUUGACAGAUUGUGGAGAGAAAGUGUUAGUAUGUGGACCCUCAAAUAUUUCUGUUGACACGAUAUUGGAAAGACUAGGUGAUAAAUACAAAGCGGGUGAUCUUAUCAGAAUAGGACAUCCGGCAAGACUUUUACCUGUCAAUCUUCAGCACUCGCUUGAUGUUAUUUCUAAAAGCUAUGGUCGUGAUGUUAUUUCGGACGUGGAAAAUGAUAUACAAACAACUUUGGGCAAAAUAAAAAAGACAAAACGGUAUGCAGAAAGAAAAGUGUUGUAUCAAGAGCUCAAAUUGUUGAAAAAAGAGUUGAUCCAAAGAGAACGAAAGGUUGUGCAAGAGCUCCUUCAAAAUGCCAAGGUUAUUCUAGCUACACUUCAUGGAGCUGGAUCAUAUGAACUCAAGAGAAGCAAUGUUAAAUUUGAUACAAUUAUAAUUGACGAAGUCUCACAAUCGCUAGAACCACAAUGCUGGAUCCCAUUGUUGAUUAAUGACAAUUUUAAAAGAUUAGUUAUUGCUGGUGACAAUAUGCAAUUACCACCUACUGUCAUGCUGUCAGGGAGUAACAGUAGUAGGAACAAGAACAUGAAAGAGAACAAGAACAAGAACAAGGAUCAGGACAAGAGUAACGACUGCAGCAACGAAACGUCAAUACUUGAAACUACACUUUUUGAUCGUUUGGUUAAAAAGCUUGAUGGAGAAAAAUUCAAGACUCUCCUCGACGUACAAUAUCGUAUGAAUGACUCAAUUAUGAAAUUUCCAAGCAUGCAACUUUACAAAGAUAAAUUAAAAAGUGCUGAUCUGGUUAAAGAUAUCUCGUUGCUUGACCUUUCAGGUGUGCAGAAAAAUGAUGAUACUGUUCUGCAGUGUAUCUGGUACGAUACCCAAGGUGGAGAGUUUCCCGAACAGAUAUUGGAGUCGGUAAAAUGCGGUGACUCCAAAUAUAAUGAAAUGGAGCUCUUGAUUGUGAAGGCACAUAUUAAAAAGUUGUUGAAGAGCGGUGUACAACCUACAGAUAUUGGCGUUAUUGCACCAUAUGCCGCGCAAGUACUUUUAUUGAAGAAGCAAUUUGGUCCUGAUUCACAAAUCGAAAUCAGUACCGUUGAUGGUUUCCAAGGUCGGGAGAAAGAAGUGAUUAUUUUAACGUUGGUUAGAUCCAACGAUGACAAUGAAGUAGGGUUUUUGAGUGAGGAGCGUAGACUCAAUGUUGCAAUAACCAGACCCAAAAGACAACUCUGUGUUAUUGGAGAUUUGCUGUUGAUGAGUCAAAGUGGACACAAAUUCUUGAAGGAUUGGAGUAAAUAUGUCGAAGAUGGAUAUGAAGAUGGACAAUUUGUGAAGCCGUAUGAGAUUGUGUAUCCAAACUUGGAUGAGUAUUUGGAAGCAAGCGAAGGGGCAUAG